GCAGAGCCCCGCGUUCUGCCGAGCGGGCGGCGGCUAUGGCGGCGCCGCUGAAGCGCUGCCUGCUGCGGCGGCGGGACGGGCGGGAGCAGCACGGCGUGGCCGCCUCCUGCCUGCGGGAGCUGCGCGACAAGGCUAGUGUCAUUCUGGCUAUUGACAAGGCCAGGGAGCCCAUCACCUUAGUACUGGCAGAAGAUGGUACCAUUGUGGACGAUGAAGAUUACUUCUUGUGCCUGCCAGCCAACACCAAGUUUGUGGCACUGGCCAAGAAUGAGAAAUGGUCCAGCAAAAGCUUAGACAGUGGAACAGCCUGGCUCUCGGAGUCUGGGGAUGAAGUGGACAGUGGUGCAGAGAAGUGGAAGCAGCUGGCCAGGCAACUGAAGGAUGACCUAUCUAAUAUCAUCUUGAUGUCUGAAGAAGACCUCCAGGUGCUUAUUGAUGUUCCACAUUCAGACCUGGCAGAAGAACUUGCCCAAAGUCAAACCAAAAUCCAAGUAUUGCAGGACACCCUGCAGCAGGUGCUGGACAGACGGGAAGAAGAACGCCAGUCAAGACAGCUCCUGGAACUCUACCUGGAGGCCUUGAAAAAUGAAGACAGUAUCUUAAGCAAAGUAGCAGAAUCUGAGACUGUGCCAAGAAAGGAGAUGGAUGUGGUUGACACAGGUACCAGCAGUACAGGCCCUUCAGCCAAAACGGCGCUCAGUGACCAGAUCCUUGCUGCUCUGAAAGAGAAACCUGCUCCAGAGCUCUGCUUGGACAGUCAAGACCUAGAGCUGGUCUUGAAAGAAGACGCACAAGCCCUGGCCUUGGCUCUAAGGUGGGACAAGCAGAAGGCUGAAGCUCUGCAGCAAGCCUGUGACCAGGAGCUCUCCAAGCGUCUACAACAAGUGCAGACUUUGCAUUCCCUAAGGAGCACGUCAAAGGGCAAGAAAACUCUACCUUGGGGAGACUACCCUGGGCUUAGGUCAAAACGCAAAAAAUAAGACUGCAGUGCUGCUUGCAAUUUCUUUUUUUUUUUUUUUUGCGUAAGAAACAAUACAAACAAAGAUAUAUCCUGGGAGCCAUAGUUUGCUGGUCAUACUAUGGUCUGGCUACAGACAACAAAAAUCUGGACAUUGUCCUGAGGCUUAAACUGCUGUGAUGAUUCAAAUCAUGUGUAACCAAAGGGAUUUUGGCUUUUUGCAGAAUACUGGAACAAUGGUAUUGCUAAACACAGCAUGUAAGGGUUCAGCUUUGAAUACCUGGUUGGGAGCCAGAAGCUUCCAUCUGAUAAUGAUGGAUCUCCCUUCGGAAGCCCCAGGCAUUUGCUUUCUUUGUCCUCCCAAGGGUGGAAGACCCAGUGGAAGACACUUUGAGGCACAGCUAAAGAACAGGGCAGAGGGUUUAGCCAGCUGCUGUCUGGCUUUAAUCUCCAGCCUGGGAUCUAGGAACCUGAAUUCUCAUGCUAAUUUCAUCAGUUCAAGUAAAUUCAAAGUCCUUUAACUUCUGUGCUUUCUCUGUAAGGAACUUCUGUCUCUUGAGUACAGUGUGGGUACUAACUUAUAAAAUGCAGCACGGGUGGAAAUACUUGCUUUUUAAGGCUGUGGAGCAGAAGACUUGUAUUUGGCCUGAUUGUAUUAUUCUCCUAAUCAUUAGUGUAGUAUCAUGAUGCUUUUGUAUUAACUGGCUUAUUUUUGUUAAAGUCUUUUUUUCUAAUAUCA